AUGCCCACCAUGUGGCCCCUGUGGCUCCUCGCAUCCCUGCUGGCCCUGAGCCAGGCCCUGCCGUUUGAGCAGAAGGGCUUCUGGGACUUCACCCUGGACGACGGGCUGCCCAUGCUGAAUGAUGAGGAGGCUUCAGGUGCCGAGACGACUUCAGGUGUCCCGGACCUGGACUCCCUCACGCCCACCUUCAGCGCCAUGUGUCCUUUUGGCUGCCACUGCCACCUGCGGGUCGUUCAGUGCUCCGACCUGGGUCUGAAAUCUGUGCCCAAGGAGAUCUCCCCCGACACAACGCUUCUGGACCUGCAGAACAAUGACAUCUCCGAGCUCCGCAAGGAUGACUUCAAGGGCCUCCAGCACCUUUACGCUCUUGUCCUGGUGAACAACAAGAUCUCCAAGAUCCACGAGAAGGCCUUCAGCCCCCUGCGGAAGCUGCAGAAGCUCUAUAUCUCCAAGAACCACCUGGUGGAGAUCCCUCCCAACCUGCCCAGCUCCCUGGUGGAGCUCCGCAUCCAUGACAACCGCAUCCGCAAGGUGCCAAAGGGCGUGUUUAGCGGGCUGCGCAACAUGAACUGCAUCGAGAUGGGCGGGAACCCGCUGGAGAACAGUGGCUUUGAGCCUGGAGCCUUCGAUGGCCUGAAGCUCAACUACCUGCGCAUCUCUGAGGCCAAGCUCACGGGCAUCCCCAAAGACCUCCCCGAGACCCUGAACGAACUCCAUCUGGACCACAACAAAAUCCAGGCCAUCGAGCUGGAGGACCUGCUCCGCUACUCCAAGCUGUACAGGUUGGGCCUGGGCCACAACCAGAUCCGCAUGAUCGAGAACGGGAGCCUAAGUUUUCUGCCCACCCUGCGGGAGCUGCACUUGGACAAUAACAAGCUGUCCAGGGUGCCUUCUGGCCUUCCGGACCUCAAGCUCCUCCAGGUGGUCUAUCUGCACACCAACAACAUCACCAAGGUGGGCGUCAACGACUUCUGCCCCGUGGGCUUCGGGGUGAAGCGGGCGUACUACAACGGCAUCAGCCUCUUCAAUAACCCUGUGCCCUACUGGGAGGUGCAGCCGGCCACUUUCCGCUGCGUCACCGACCGCCUGGCCAUCCAGUUUGGCAACUACAAAAAGUAG